AUGGAUGACCCCAGUCAAAAAGCUGUCUAUCAUGUCCAAGAUGCAUCCGUGAAGCAUAUCGAAGUCUCCAGCUCCUGGUGCAGCCCCGGCCCGGCCGCCUACGAUUUCCGAACCGACACAAUCACCACGCCAACCCUAUCCAUGCUGCAAGCCAUCGCCCAAUCCUCCCUGAUGGACGAUGUAUAUCAAGAAGACACCACUACAACGGACUUCGAGAAAUUCAUCGCUAACCUCGCAGGCAAGGAAGCCAGCCUGCUCGUCAUGUCCGGGACAAUGGGCAACCAGAUCGCUCUCCGCUCACUCCUCACCCAGCCUCCGCACGCCAUCCUGUGCCACAGCCGCUCGCAUAUAUUCAUCUCCGAAGCCGGCGGCUGCUCGUCCCUAUCGCAGGCACACAUGCAGCCCUGCAUUCCAGCCAACGGUCAGUAUUUGACCCUCGAAGACAUUAAGCAGACGGUCGUGAUCAGCAAUAAUAUCCAUGUUGCCCCGACCCGCGUCAUCUCGCUCGAGAAUACCCUAGCGGGAGUCAUCACGCCGCUAGAGGAAGUACGGCGGAUCUCCGAAUUCGCGCGCGCAAACGGCAUCAAGAUGCACCUCGACGGGGCACGGCUGUGGGAGGCUGUGGCGGCGGGGGCGGGUUCGUUGACGGAUUAUCUUGCCUGCUUCGACACCGCGCAGCUGUGCUUUUCGAAGGGUCUUGCCGCGCCCAUAGGAAGCGCUAUCGUGGGCCCGAAGGACGUGCUGCAACAUUGCAGAUGGGUGCGGAAGAGCCUUGGCGGAGGUAUUCGACAGGCUGGAGUCAUCUCUGCCGCAGCGCGUGUGGCGGUGGAAGAGAAUUUUGGUCGAGGGCCGAAUGGGGAAGGAGGGCGACUGCGCGAAACACAUAAGAAGGCGAAGAUCAUUGAGAAGAUGUGGCUGGAUCGCGGAGGCACGACUCUGCAACCGGUGCAGACGAACAUGGUCGUGCUGGAUCUACCUACCAGUGGAAUCUCAGUAGAUGAGCUGAUCCGAGUGGGUAAGGAGGAGGGUCUCAAGUUGAUGGGUGGGAGACUCGUCGUUCAUCUUCAGAUUGUUGACGGUGCCAUAGAUCGGCUGGGGAAAGUUUUUGAUCGCUUGCUAUCUUCCCCGAAGGCGAAGGGCCUUGUGAUAGAAGGAGUCCAGUCGGAUUAUCGAUAA